UCCAAAGCUCGCCAUUCUGGCAGGAUUCCCGGAGAGUGCACUGACGCACUAGACAAGCCUGUUGCUGACGGCGGGAGAAAGGCUAGAGACGAACGGAUCAAUCCCCCAUAUGCUACAUAUAACACGUUUUAAAACUUAGCCUGAUUAUUUAAUUUUACAUUUGUGUUUAUACUUUUUUUUGCUGUCCACUGAAGUGCUUCGUUACUUUCUCAAACAUCAGCAAGAUAUGGACGGCAAUUGCUUUUCCAAACCUCCUAUAAGCAGGAAGAUGAAGAACCCAGCCCCGCCUCCCCCGGGUCCCCCACAGGCCACUCCCAGGCGCCUGCCGCGGAACAUCGUGCCCGACGGGGGCGUCGCCACGGGUGUGGAUAUUAAAGAGAACGUCAUGAGGCCCCGCGUGGAGCUCCGGCUCAGCCUGCCCAGCGGCGUGGACACCACCAGCACCUUUGACGGCAGGAAAGCUCUUAUGGACCUGCUUGUGGAGGUGUGUGGUCACUACCACCUGAACCCGGCCUACCACACCCUGGAGCUGCUCUCGUCGGAGGGGCAGCCUGUGGCCUUUAAGCCCAACGCCUUCCUGGGCUCUCUGGAUGUGGCCUGUGCCCUCAUCAAGGAGCGCGUGGUGGAGGAGAGGCUGGUACGAAAGCCUGCACCCAAAGUGCCAGAGAAAACCAUCCGCCUGGUGGUGAACUACCACCGCUCCCAGAAGACGGUGGUGCGUGUGAACCCGCUGGCGCCACUGCACACACUGGUCCCGAUCAUCUGCCAGAAGUGUGAGUUCGACCCGACCCACGUGCUGCUGCUCCGCGACAGCGUCAGCCGCCACGAGCUCGACCUCAACAAGUCCCUGUCCGACCUGGAGAUCCGUGAACUCUACGCGCUCGACCAGAGUCUGGUUCUGCAGCCUAAAAUGGCCUCCGCUCCUGCUCUUAACUACGCAGAAUCCACCUACUCCACUCAGAGUGUUGGUGCCACAGAGAAGAAAGGCCUUCUGGGAUUUUUCAAGUUCAACCGCCGGAAAUCAAAGACUGACUCGCUGUCAUCCUCUGACAUGGAGGAGGUUGAUGGUGGUCAUGUUGAGAAUGCUGAGAGUGACCAUGCCAUAUCAGGUGUGAGCAGCAGUUUGUGUGUGGAGGCGCGGCCUAGCACUCUCGGCCAAUCACAGUCAGUCAUGAACAUCAGCAGGAUGUCCCCCAGAGUGGAGCUGAAGAAGCGACGUGCUCCAGCUCCGCCCCCUUCCAUGAAUCAAAGCUACGCUAGCCUACAGGUGCACCCCUGCUCUUCCUCCACCAGCAGCCUGCUGAGGAAGCGCAAAGCUCCCGUAGCCCCUUCCACCCCUGACUCCAACACAUCUACCCCCACCCCACAAAUACCCGACACCGAUGUCUCUCCGGCCGCCCCCCAGGCCACCCCCAGGGCCUCCCCGGCUCCAGCCGCCGCCCCCGCCGCUGUGUUGCCCCCGGUGACCUCGGUGCGCCGUGUGGCCCGUCAGGACGACUCGGCGUCGGAGCUGAGCGGCAGCAGCAAUGAGUUGGACCGUGCCACCCUCUGCAGCUCCAGCAGCUCACAGGCCGACUCCGUUCCCAGCAGCCACCUGGACGAGGUCGCAGUCAGCAGCCAGGACGAAGAGGAGGAGGAGGAGGAGGAAGAGGAGGAGGAGGUGGAGGUGGAUGAGGACAUGGAGUUGGAGGCGCAGGUGCUGCAGCAUCUGCAACAGAGGUCACAGCAGCAACAGCAGCAGCAGCUGCCCCACACGCAGCCUGUGGUGGUGGAGCGGAUGCAGCAGCAACCGGUGACACCCCGGAUCCAGACCCUCAGAGAUCCCCAGGCCUCGGAGCCCAAACAGCAGCAGCAGCAGCCUCCUCAGCAGCCUCCUCAGCAGCCUCCUCAGCAGCCCCAGGGUCAGAAACAGCAGCAGCCGCAGGACCAGCAGCAUGACAGCGACCGCAGCUCCACACCAGCAGAUUCCUGCUCCACCGCCAGCCUUAGGAUGGAGGAGACCGACAACAACAGACACAGCGCCGUAGACGCGGGGCGGCAGGUGCCAGUCAAGCCCCGACGGACGUCGGUAGGAGACCAGACGUCACAGGCGGCCUCAGCUAGCCCAGCCCUCGUAGACCGCAACUCCCACAAUGCAUCACCAGACAGCUUCACAGACAUGCCCCAACACUCGUGGCUGCACUCAGCUCGUCCAGCAGAGGGCGCUGAGGUUCCGGUGGACUCCGUGGAGACGGGCUCUGUGAGCAGCAGCAGCGGGAGCUUUGCCGAUCAGGGCUACGCCGCGUCAGAGGGCACCGCCGAGGACCCGUGCCCGCUGGGCUCCCCCUCCGAUAUCACCCCACCACAUGCCCAGAGGGACAUCUCUAGCGACAGCGACGAAGGCUGCGCCACUUGGAACUCCAGAACCAGUGGAGACUUGCAACAGAAGGGUCAGUCAGGCAAAAUAAAGAACAGCUAUGAGGAGGACCCCAAGCUGAUGGCACAGCUGCAGAUCACUCUUGCUGACCUGGAUGCUGAACUUGCAGAAAUGAACCAGAGCAGUGAGUCUCCCUCUGAGGCAGAUGACGUGAUCCCUGUGUCUGUUGUCGACCUGGUACCCGUGACGACCAUCGACGAGGUGUCGGACAUUCAUCUGUCCCCCGGUUGUGACCGUGAAUCAGUGAGCGGUGACGCCCAGUGGACCUCAAUCACCAAGAACAAGAACAAGAACAACAGUGCCACCUUGUGUCCUGAGCCUGCAGUGCAGCCACGUGUGUCAGCAGAGCAGAGAGGCACCAGGACUACGCAGGAGGUCAAGCAGUCGGCCUCAAAAGAGAAGACGUCGAAACCUGAAGCUACUCUCCGUGUGAACGAAAUACGGGGUUCCGCAUCUGGAACCAAGCCAGCCGCAGUGGUGCCUCCUUCUGCCAAGAACACCUCAGUGGUGGUUCCUCCAAAUCCUCAGCCUUCUGAUGGUGGCCGGAGUAGAGCGCCCCCUAAGGCGCAGGAGGUCCUGGCGCCAAGGAGGGAGGGCACCAAAAUCACCCAGAUGCCCGCGUCCCGUUUCGGCACCAAGACCUUCACCAUCGUCCCAACCAAAGCGUCCAUGCCCAGCGCACCGCAGACCCAGGCCACGCAUACCAUUGGCGCCAUUAAGAUCGACGAGCAGGGCAACAUGGUGAAGGGGGGCGGUGCGCGGCACCUCGCCGGCCCGCCUGCGGAACGAGAGGAGGAGGAGGCGGUUGCCGGGCCGCUGCAGGCGAAAGCCAAAUUUUUCUGGACGUCCACAGACAAGCCGGAAACUCCGACUACCACAAAAACAACAACAGCAACAGCCACGGCAGCACCUCAGAAAGCCAGAGAACCUGAAGCGCCCCCUAAACUUGCCCCCGCUGGGGCCGAUAUCAAACCUGCUCAUAAUACUCAACCAGAGACGGAUAGCAGUAGUUCUGUCUCCGUCAGAGACCAUUCCUCCACAGCAAAGGAUGGCAGCCACUACAGUCAGUCACUCCAGGUGUCAGAGCCUGCGGGUACAGCCCAGAGAGCCACGCUGAACCCCCAGGACCCGAGAGACCUGUCCUUCCUGAAGCAACAGAAGAGGACGUCCAGUCAGUACAUGGCCACCGCCCUCACUACUAAGUACACCGUGAGGCCUGCUGUAAGAGCAGACGCCAUUCAGGAGAAACCUCCUGCUCCUGCUCAGAAACCUUCUGUAGAAAUCAGAUCUGCCACCACUACCACCAUAACCAGCUCUACAAACAAGGGUUAUAAUACCUCCACCCAGAAGGCUGUACCAAAGGAGAAUGGUUCUGUUUCAAGCUGGACCGCUCUGCAAAGCCCCCUAGCCUACAAGAGUCAUACCUUCACCAAGCAGACUACAGUUGAGCCACCACGCCCUCUACAGGGAGGAACAGGGACUACGUCUCGGGUUGACUCAGGGGUGGUCAACAGCAAGACGAAGCUAACAACCCAGGUGCCUACUAAUAGAUCUAACAGUACUCACAACCCAUCCUCCGCCCAACCAGAUAAGAACGGCGAGCCUUGGGCCUCCCCUGGAGUUCUGCCGGAGCCCAACCAGGUGAACAUAUUUGGGCCGGUGAAGAAGUUCAAGCCGGUGAUCCAGAAGUGUGUGGAAAAGGACACAUCUCUGCACACCUCACUGAUGGUGGCCAUCCAAUCAGGAGACAGCAAGGAACGCCUCAGGAAGGCUGGGAGUGGCCUGAGGAAGCCCACCCUGGUGGAGGACGUGAACUCCCACUCUGCCCUCCUCUCCGCCAUCAGGGCCAACAGCUCCAGCAGACUGAAUAAGACGAGGUCGGAGGCAGCCAGGGAGCUGGACCGCUUCAGAGUCAAAGAGUCAGAAAGUGGCUUUCAGAAGCAGACCUCAGCUCCCCCCCACACAUCACCUCCAUCAGCACCUCCUCCUGUUGCUGCCGCCCUCCCCCCUCCCCCCCCUCCGCCCGCCAUGGCCCCCCGCCCCCCUCGGGCUGUGCUGGUGUCGGCGGGGAAUCCAGAAGAGAGCCGUGAUGCUCUACUGGAGGCCAUCCGCUCUGGUGCCGGGGCCCAAGGCCUGAAGAAGGUGCCGGUGGCCACCAAAACUGUACAGGUGAACGGGAGACUGGGGACCAUUCAGGCAUCCUGCUCUCUCUCCCAGGGGGUGUAGACUGGGAGCCAUGGACACCUGGAGACUCUGCAGGCAGGAGACAGAGAGGAGACGAGACUCAGAGCCAACGGAGAGCUGCUGGUGUCCCCGAUGUCCGUCCGCGUUUUGUUUUAUUUGUCCUUAUCUGUUCAGAGAUUCGCUGCUGCUAUAGUGUGCCAAGAAUCAACGCAAUAUCAUAAUUAUUCCUAUUCAUAGUCUUAUUAUUAUUCUCAUCUGCCAGGCAAAGAUACUGAAUGUUGUGUAUGAGAUUCUUGAUAUUUGUCCACAUCCGCAAUGCUAUGAUAAAUGAUAAAUGAGGUUUUUAUGUUGUUGAACGUACACCAGCAUGAUGUAACCACCACCACACCCUACCCCCCACCUCCCUCAAAGUAGAGGACAGGCAGUCAGAUAGAAGACGUCUGUGCUACCUCUGUUAUCGUCACCGAUGUGAUUUACCAGCAUGCUUAAAAUGCUGGAUGGCAUCAGACACCCUAGCACACACCCAGAAGGGUCUGACAGCUUUCAUAAAGGACACAUUCGUUCCAGACAUUCCAAGGCUUGGGAUACACCAUUUGGGCAAUACAGCUGAGCAACCUCUCAGACAAACAGUGUCUGAAUACGCCUUACAUAACUAAGCAUUACUGGCCGUAGCCAGAAAUCCAGUGUUGGUUGGAAUGUCUCAGAGAUAUCCAGCGGUAUUUCCCUAAAAGAUGCCCAGUGUAUCCACACCAUUAGCAUGGAUGCCUGUAACCACUAAUCCAGAAAGCACUUAGCCCUUAGCCCUUAGCCCUUAGCCGCAUGCCUGUUCAAGCUGCUAUUGGUGAGAUAGCGGAACAUGAGGAAUCAAACCUGACCUUUGACCUUUGGCAAACUUGCCUAGUGUAAUAUAACCUAAUUUAUAUUUUCAUUUGUAUUUGUAUUGUUGCGAAUGAGAGCAUGAGAUGCUGGGCAGGAAGGAGAUACCUCACAGAUGUCUCUCGUGUAAGGUGAGGGUAGCGUACCCAGGUAUAAGCUAACUACUGUGGAUGCUAAGACUGUGGUUAACUUUAACACAUACACACACACACACUUCUCACAGUGCCUACACUAGAGAGAAAAACACUUGGCUGAUCUGAGAUUGCCAUAGAAACUAAAACAAGAGCUAUUUCACUACAGGUUAUCUGAUUUUACACGCCAUGUCACUGUAUCGCCAGUUCUUUGGACCAAUGAGAGAUCUGUGGGAUCAGCUUAGGUCCCAAAGCUUUAGAUGGAGAGGGAUAAAAA